CGGCAGCGAUCAGACCUGACCACUUUGGCGCUGCGCUCCUGUGCGCACGGUGCGGACCCAGCGGUACCAGGGCUCACGAACCGAGCGGCAACGACCGUAAACAGACGACCCAGCUUCACAAACUGCAAGUGGGCUCCGUCUCUCCGCGUCUCAGCCCUGAUCAGUAGACAUGGUGGACACCCAGCAGCUCCUCGCGUGGCCCGUCGGUUUCAGCCUGAGCACGGUGGACCUGCCGGAGCUGGACGACAGCUCCCACUCCCUGGACAUGAAGCAUUUGUCCACGUUGGACUACGCCUCCAUUUCCUCCUCAUCCAUCCCGUCCUCUCUGUCCUCACCGUCCCUCGUGUCCUCCAUGUCUUCGGCUGCUUUGGCCUACGACCUCAGCCCCCCGCAGAGCGAGGAACACCUGACCAACAUGGACUACACCAACAUGCACAGCUACAGGACGGAGCUGGACACGCACAAUUCAAUCAAGCUGGAGCCGGAGUCGCCUCCUCUGUACUCUGACAGCCCCGUGUUCUCCAAGCUUCAGGACGACACGUCAUCAGCGGCGCUGAACAUCGAGUGUCGAGUGUGUGGGGACAAAGCCUCCGGGUUUCACUAUGGCGUCCACGCCUGUGAGGGCUGUAAGGGUUUCUUCAGACGCACAAUCAGGUUAAAGUUGGUGUACGAUCACUGCGACCUUCACUGUCGGAUUCACAAAAAGUCCCGCAACAAAUGCCAAUACUGUCGUUUCCAGAAGUGCCUCAACGUUGGCAUGUCGCACAACGCCAUUCGUUUUGGCCGGAUGCCCCAGGCGGAGAAGGAGAAGCUGCUGGCCGAGUUCUCCUCCGACAUGGAGCACAUGCACCCGGAGGCGGCCGAUCUGAGGGCUCUGGCGCGGCAUCUGUACGAGGCCUAUCUGAAGAACUUCCCCCUCACCAAGGCCAAGGCCAGGGCCAUCCUGUCUGGGAAGACCGGAGACAACGUGCCUUUUGUCAUCCAUGACAUGAAGUCUCUGGUGGAAGGAGAGCAGUUCAUCAACUGCAGGCAGAUACCUCUACAGGAGCACCAGCUGCAGACCUCCAGCAUCGUGGACGCACACGCAGUCCACCUCCAGCACGCCUCUCACGCGGUUUCAGGGAUCACAGCGGUCCACUCAGGGUCCGACUACGGCGUUCUGGGGAUGACCAGCCUCAGCGGACAGGAACCGGCCAACGCCGUGGAGCUGCGCUUCUUCCACAGCUGUCAGUCACGCUCAGCGGAGGCGGUGAGAGAAGUGACGGAGUUUGCCAAGAGCAUCCCAGGAUUCAUCAACCUGGAUCUCAACGACCAGGUCACUCUGCUGAAGUACGGCGUGAUCGAGGUCCUGAUCAUCAUGAUGGCGCCGCUGAUGAACAAAGACGGGACCCUGAUCUCCUACGGACAGAUUUUCAUGACGCGAGAGUUCCUCAAGAGUCUCAGGAAACCUUUUGGUCAGAUGAUGGAGCCAAAGUUUGACUUUUCUGUCAAGUUCAACAUGCUGGAGCUGGACGACAGCGACAUGGCGCUGUUCCUGGCCGUCAUCAUCCUCAGUGGAGACCGCCCAGGGCUGCUGAACGUGAAGCCCAUCGAGCAGCUCCAGGAGACGGUGCUCCACUCGCUGGAGCUGCAGCUGAAGCUCAACCACCCGGACACUCUGCAGCUGUUUGCCAAGCUGCUGCAGAAGAUGACGGACCUGCGUCAGAUCGUCACCGACCACGUCCAAUUCAUCCAGCUGCUGAAGAAGUCCGAGGUGGACAUGUGCUUACACCCGCUGCUGCAGGAGAUCAUGAAGGACUUGUAUUAGAAGGCUUUGGGGAGCAGAGGACGAGAGCAGGAAGAGCAAAGAAAAAAGAAAAGACAGAGAAAAUGAAGGUUUUCUUUUUGAAACCAUGAGUUGAUAUGAAGCUCUGUGCUGCUUGUGAGGUGAAAACAAAAGACGUGGCCAGACGGGCUGGCUGACUGAAAUAGAGAAAGAGAUGGGGAGGAACAGGAAAAGAGAAAUCAGGGAAAUCAGAAGUAGAGAAUGUGAGUGUUCGAUCUUGUCUAGACAGCCUGCAUGUGAAUAAGUUGUGGUGCACAGUCAUUCAGCCACUGCUGAGCCGGACGUUCUGCUCUGAGUCGGCUGCCAACCUAAAUACGAAACUACCACCUAUCGCAGCGACCCAGAGGAGGUCUGACUAACUGACAGAACGUUCAGCACAGCCGGCUUCAGUGCCUUCAGGAGAAACGUAUUACUGUGAAUAUUCUGGCACAGCGAGUGUUGUUGAUGUGCAGCUUAUCUAUACGUGGCGUUACAGCCGUGGCAGCAGCGUGUAGCUGCUUCAGUAGCGCCGCGACAUGCACGAUGGCAUGAGCGCUGACACACUGAAACAGGGUGAAGGUGCUAUCUCUUCUUUAAUCAGCUUUAUCCAAAAACAGAAAUCCGAUUAUUGCCUGUAACAUAUUUUAGACACAUGCAGAAACUGUGAGAAGGUGCAGAGCCAGCAGAAGCUCACCACCACUGACCUGUAAAUGCCCUCCUGUGCCUUUGAGAUUUGUUGUCGAGCUUCUCUUUGUGGAACGAAUGCCGUUUUAAAGACAUCCUGUUUGAUAUAUUUUCACUUGUAUUGUUGUUUUUGUGUGUGUUUGCUGAAGAUGCCAGAAGCAGUUGGCUGCUCGGCUUUAGCUUUAUUUCAAAUUCUGAAAACCUGGUUGAGUGAUGAUUGUUGCUAUGAAAUGAUUGUAUCUGUGGACAGGUCUGAUCCGUCUGAUCCGUCAGGGAGGAGGUGCUGAGCAGACCCACUGGACACUGUUGAGGGAAAAGAAGAAGAAAUUUGUUGUAAAUAAAAUAUUUUCUAACUUUUUA